UAUUGCACAUUAGCCGUAACAUUGGAGGACUACGCGAAUGGAGAUUAUAUAUCGCGCUAUCAAUCGCGACAACUACUGGCCCGCGGGCUACUCCUAAUAGUAGGGGUCAGUAUGGCGGCGCUGGGCAUAUUAUACAUUGGUGUCGCCACCGUUGAGUCGACGUAA